AUGGUAGCGGAGGCGCAGAGCGGCACCCGGAAGCCCGGCCAUGGAGGCGGCGCGGCGCUGGGCCCGGGCGCUGCUGCGGGGGUCGGUGCCGGUUGGGGCCGGGCUCCUGCUCUGGGUGGCGGUUGGAGCGGGCGAGGAGCGGCGCCACGAGACUCUCAAGGCCCUGCCCGAGGUCAGCCCCGAGCUCCUGGCCCAGCGGCGGCGGCACAACGAGCUGGUGAUGGCGGCGCUGCGGGAGGCGGCUCAGACCGACGACAACGUGGCGCGGCGGCCGGUGCCUUGGCGGAAGUGACGUCAGAUCCACCGGGACCCCCCCCGUUCACCCCCCCCUCCCCCCGAUAAACCGGCUCCUCGUUUUCCCCCGGAACCUUUCUCUCGGCGCCGCGUUGCAGCCCGGACCCUUUUACUCCGUUGCACACGGAGCGCUGUUGCGCACGGCCCUUUUUGGCGGUUGCACGCGGCCUUCCCUUCCGGCGCCGCCAUGUCGGGCCCGGGGCGGGCGGAGGCGGCAGCUCCGGCUCCGGUGAAGCCGCUGUUCGG